AUGGCUACCCCUUCACUAGACCCCCGCUACCAAACCCUCUUCCAAACUCUCGAAUCCCGCUUCGCACAGGCAACCUCCAUCCCUGCCGAAAAAUGGCACAUCCUCGCAACAGCCACCCUCGCCGCAAGCCCAGACCCCGAACGCGCAGACCAGCUCUACCUCUACCUAACCUCGCAGCCAGCAUAUAGCACCUCCGAGGCACGCAAACAACUAGUCCGCCGCAUCCGCGAAGCACUCUUUAAAUCUGUCAUAAUCGUCGGCGUCUGCAAGCCCAUCGAAGCAAUCCUAUCCCUGUCCAAGGUCGAAAAGGAAGAAGAUAAGGACUUCUCCGCGCCAACACGGGAGGACUGGGCUUGUGACGCGGCGAACCACCAGCGCGGGGUCGACUGGUUCAGCAAGCUCUAUGCGCGCAAUAGCGGGGCGACGCUGGAUCUGUUUGCGGCUCACAAGGACUUCUCGUGGCUGAGUAUGGAGAUUACGUAUGGGCUGUUUUUGAGUGAUCGCCAGGUCCUGGAUGAUUUGGAUACGCAGAUGGUUGUGCUCCCGGCGAUUAUGAGCCAGAAUCUGCCGAAUGAGACGCAUUGGCAUAUUCGUGGGACUAGGCGGUUGGGUGUUCCCAUUGAGGAUGUGAAGAUUGUGACUGAGUGUGUGAAAACUGUUGCGGAGUUUUAUGGGGUCAAGUUGGAUAAGGUGCCUACUGUUGAAGAGGUGGAGAAGGAUGUGUAG